UACCACAAAUUGAAAUAUGAAAGCUGGUAACUUGAAGAUUGAGUUAUCAUAAUGAGAUUCUUGUGAUGAGAGUACUUCUACAACAUUCCCCAAAAACAAGUUAUUUUAGGCAACUAGAAGUGAGCCCGGCAGAGAGAGCAAUAUUGAUUUCUCUCUCGCUCCCUCCUCAGGGGAAACCAUUGAAAGGAUUAUGUGUGAGAGCGUUUAUUUAGACUGUGGAGGAGAGUGGAAUUGUUUACCGCUUGGACUAAACUUAUCCGUUUAAAUUGAAGAGAAAUUAAUCGAAACAAAGUAUUUGAAGACUUGUUUGUUGUUACGUUAAAUUAAUGAUAUAUCAGACAAGGAAACUCAGCUUGCACAUGGCACUGGAAAUUAAUCAAGUUGCCGAAUAGCGACGCACUUGCAUUUUUUUUGCGACAUUUCUGAAGACUGUCAGUAGCAUAUAGUCUAAGAUACGCGGAAGGGGUUUUGUAAUGGAAGAAGGAUUUACUUAAUUUUAUACAAACACAUUUCUCUCUCCUGACUGACCUAUGCGAGUAUAUACAAAUGUUUAUGGACUUGGGAAAAGAACACUAGCAUUUCGGAGGAUUACAUUGACAAACAUACAACCUUCAUGAUGAAUCGGGCAUUCUGGGAUGUGAUCUUUCUCAUUACUGGGUCCCUCUUUACCUAUGGAACCGGACAGGAUAAUUCUACUAUUGCUACUAAUUCUACUAUGACCACCAGCCCUCCUAUGACUACUACCACUGUAAACAUUAUGCUAUUUUCUACCACUACCAGCACCAUUACUACAACCAACCUUCCAGUUAAAAAGUUUGUGGCAGCAGCUGUUCGAUCACACUUCGAUGACUGUCCUGACUCGCACAGCCACUUCUGUUUCCAUGGCACCUGUCGUUUCCUGAUUCUGGAGGAGACCCCUGCAUGUGUGUGUCACCAAGGCUUUGUAGGGAUGCGAUGCGAGCACGCCGACCUGCUAGCCGUGGUGGCCACCAAUCACAGGCAACAGACAGUUGCCACGGCGCUAGUGCUGUGUGUGAUUGGCUGUGUCUUGACGAUGCUACUCUGUACACUUUUACAUUGCUGGUGGAGGCGUGACGGUUUGGGGCGGAGGCACAGACUCCACUGUGCCCCAGAGAAACAAGACAGUAGGCUGAAGGGCCGACGUCCCUGCUGUCACUCUGAAAGUGUGGUUUGAGAGAGAAAACGCUGCUUGGAACGGCAGGGAUUUUCACGAUGGGCUGCCUUCUCUUCCCAUCUGUCCAUUCAACCCUAAUGCCUGCUGGGACUUCUAUGGACUACACACAAGAUGGCAUCAGACACCCUGGCUAAUAACAUCCUCACAAAACUGAAAGGGGUAUCUUUCUUACCAGACCAAGGGAAGUUGAAUGUCAUAUUUGAUGUCAUAUUCUCUACAGACCAGGAUUUACAGAACCUCAGCACACUUGGAAUACUGUGAUAUCACUACUGUUGAAAUGCAUGGAGAGAAGAGAGGGAAACUGACCUCUCAGAAACACGGAACUCUCCGGAAGAUCUCUUUGGAACCUGACGUGAGGAGAUCCCCUCAGUGUGACAUAAUGAUAAUAAUGAUGCCACGGGCAUGGUCGGGAACAUACAGCCCAUGCUGGACAUAACUAGACAAAAUACUUGCAGUCCUCUGAGGAUUUUGGAGCAGGAGAGCAACUAUUUAUUUCAGAUUUGGAUUUGAGGGAUAACUUUGUUUAAUUCACUUGAAAUCAGAGGAACUCAAAAUUCUCUCUUUUUUUCUCACUUUUAAAAAUCUACACAAGCUAGACACAAUAUAUAAUUAUCCAAAUUUAAAGCACACAGAGAUUUUUAAGGUGGAGCAAGAGUGUUUGAGUUUCUGUUUUUCGACAAGGGAUAUUGACAUGCCUCACCUGACAAAAAUGGGAGAGUCCCAGUAGCAAUAUCUUUUCAACCCCACUGUGGAUUAAGGACCAAUGGUGGGACUUGGACAUAGUAAUGGGAGAGAUUAUGUUUAGAUUAAAUACAUGCAAAAGAGUAGAUUUUAAGAGGACUGUGACGCAUCCAAAGCAUUGCCAACCUAUAGUCCUUAGUAACUUGUAAAUCAAGUAAUAUACCACCAUAAAUUAGUAUUCCUGACACGAGUCUUGCAAUUCCAUUGCACCUCAGAUGUAGUUUGUUGUUUCUGUCCAUUCCUGCACAAAACCUGCAUUACAUUUAGGUUUGUAAGUGAGUGAUGCACAGACUUUGUUGUGUUCUAAAACUUGUUUUAUGCACAUGCAUGCAGUGUUGGGGUAAUGCGUUACAAAAGUAACAUGCAAGGUAAUCCGAUUAUUUUAUGAGUAAUGGAGUUAAGUAAUGUUACUUUUUCAAACUGGGUAAUAUUAUGAUUUUGUCAAACUCGUGCGUUACUUUCAGAAUCAACAUCUCUAUCGGGCGCGUGUUUCCAUGAUCCGAUCUCGACUCGUUUCUUCAUUUAGUUCUCGAACAGGCGGAGAAAGUCUGUUUCGAGAAAUCAUGACAGCUGCUGUCCAUAGAAAUGUAUAGAGGGUGCACAUCUGGUCUUUGCCAUUGAUCUCUUCCGUCUAGUGACAAGUGUGCCCUCUAUACAUCUCUAUGGGUCUGUGUAGCCGACAUGUGGUGUAUAACCAAAACUGGCAGCCUGAGAGAAAGAUUUUGAAUGAAAAUAUUGGAAAUAUGUACAGAUAUUUGGCUUACAAUGCAUUCGGAGAGUAUUCAGAACCCUUGACUUUUUCUAAAUUCUGUUAUGUUACAGCCUUAUUCUAAAAUUCAUUAAAUUGUUUUUCUACACACAAUACCCCAUAAUGACAAAGCAA